AUGCAUACAACACAAUUAGAUACAACGGGAGCAGAAAGCUUGUGCAACACGGAGACGGUACAGGUGGAAGCCAUCUUUGCAUUGUGCCUCGUCCGCCUCCACCCCGCGCCUCCUCCGCCGCGGACUGCAGCAGCUUCAUCGCCAGAGUCCCUCAACUCUCGCUUUCUUUUUAAUCCCCUGCGUCGGAUCACCAGCUCCGAAACCACCACCAAGGACUUAAAGGAGAAGAAGAAAGUUGUGGAAGAGGCCGACAAUGGAAGGGACGCCCCUGCUAACGGGAAUGCUAAUCAGGAAGAUGAGGAGCAGGAGGCUGGCAAUGAGGUAGAUGAAGAAGGUGGGGAGGAAGAGGAGGAGGAGGAAGAAGGUGACGGUGAGGAAGAGGAUGGAGAUGAAGACGAGGAAGCUGAGUCAGCUCCGGGCAAGCGGGCAGCCGAAGGCGAUGAGGAUGACGAUGUCGAUACCAAGAAGCAGAAGCCCGACAAGGAUCACCAGACAGCAAAAAAGGAAAAGUUAAACUCAAAAAAACGCCGCCGUGACCUGUUCACCCUCCACUUCCGGUCUCAGAAUCUAACCAUGGCCGCCUUCGGGUAGAGAGGCCCGCGCGCCCGCCGUGGACAGCGCCCCCCGCAGGCGACACGCGUCUCCACCGCCCGACCCAAACCGUGAGGGUCUGCAACAGCGGAGAAAAGCGCCAAAACUUCCACGGCACUGCUUUUUUUCUUAAAAGUACUUUAAAAAGGAAAUGUGUUUGUAUUUUUUAUUUACAUUUUAUAUUUGUGUAUAUGUUGUUAGGGUCAGCCAUUUUUAAUGAUCUCGGAUGACCAAACCAGCCUUCGGAGCGUUCUCUGCCCUGCUUCUGACUUGACUUCCCUGUCCUGCUUCUGACUUGACUUCCCUGUCCUGCUUCUGACUUGACUUCCCUGCCCUGCUUCUGACUUGACUUCCCUGUCCUGCUUCUCACUUGACUUCCCUGUCCUGCUUCUCACUUGACUUCCCUGUCCUGCUUCUGACUUGACUUCCCUGCCCUGCUUCUGACUUGACUUCCCUGUCCUGCUUCUCACUUGACUUCCCUGUCCUGCUUCUCACUUGACUUCUCUGUCCUGCUUCUGACUUGACUUCCCUGUCCUGCUUCUGACUUGACUUCCCUGCCCUGCUUCUGACUUGACUUCCCUGUCCUGCUUCUGACUUGACUUCCCUGCCCUGCUUCUGACUUGACUUCCCUGUCCUGCUUCUGACUUGACUUCCCUGCCCUGCUUCUGACUUGACUUCCCUGCCCUGCUUCUGACUUGACUUCUCUGCCCUGCUUCUGACUUGACUUCCCUGUCCUGCUUCUGACUUGACUUCCCUGUCCUGCUUCUGACUUGACUUCCCUGCCCUGCUUCUGACUUGACUUCCCUGUCCUGCUUCUGACUUGACUUCCCUGCCCUGCUUCUGACUUGACUUCCCUGCCCUGCUUCUGACUUGACUUCCCUGCCCUGCUUCUGACUUGACUUCCCUGUCCUGCUUCUGACUUGACUUCUCUGUCCUGCUUCUGACUUGACUUCUCUGUCCUGCUUCUGACUUGACUUCCCUGUCCUGCUUCUGACUUUACUUGUGGUGUGACCAUGUUCAUUAUAAUCUCAAAGGAGAAAAAAAACCUUGUAAAAAAAAGCAAAAA